AUGCUUAUGCAAGAAGGCAUCGACAUCCAAUAUAUUCCAAGUUCGAUUGAUCAAUCAGUAACUGCCCAACUUGACGACGUUCACAUAUAUCCUAGAUUCAUCGAGUUUAACGAGGCUAGCGAAGGGAUUACUUGCCAGCGGCGUAUCACUAUUAAGAAUACUGGGAAAAAACCAGCUUUUAUUAAAGUUCAUCAGGCCAAGUCAAUAUCGUUUCAAGUGAAAAGCUUAGACAAAGGAGUAAUUUUAAAUCCGGGACUAAAUAUAAGCACGGUAGUCACGUAUUCUUUUAGGCGACCGUCUUUGUUAAGCACAGUAAUACCAAUUGAGGUCAACGGGAAGAUCCUUGAUUAUCGUGUCAUUUGCAAAUUACUGAACGAAGGCAUCGACGUCGAGCCAAAAUCAAUUGACUUUGGAAUUGUUGACAUCGGCUAUUCUUCUGGCAUUAAAGUAAUCACCUUGAAAAACAAAGGUGGCCAAAGCACCAGAUUUUCGAUUGAUCUUGGUACAAAUGAUUUAGAAAUCACAGUUCAACCCAUGCGUGGGAUCGUUAAGCCAAAUAAGCCAGUUCAGUUAACCGUCGAAUUAAUCGGCAUGAACGAAGGCUCGUUCUUCUGUGAAUUUUGGAUCAAAUCAGUUCCGAAUAUACGUAUCCCUUUCAACGUUAAAGUGAUCGUACCGAAGCUGGUGAUUUACCAUCCGAAUGCAACCGGCGAUUUCACCCUGAUUGAUUUCUCGGGGACCGUUGUCAAUACUCGCAAGUACGAUUCGUUCGUUUUGCGAAACAUCUCCUCGCAAGUAGCCAGCUACGUCGUGCUGGGCGAAAUUGACAACGAACUCGUAUGCGUUCGGAACAUUAAUCGUAAGAAAUAUCCGGUGUACAGAGUUUUCAAAAUUCGGCCGAUUCAAGGGCGUAUCGGGCCGUUCGAGGGCAUUAUUUUUGAAGUAGGAUUCACGCCAAUGGAGAGUUCAAUGCAAUGGCGAGAGACAGUGGGAAAGAAAUCGAGCGGACGCGAGAGGGAUCUUAUGGCGUUUCUAAGAAUCGUCCGAGUACACGUCACUGAAACCAAACACAUUUUGAGGGCUAACGAAAGCAUACGAGACGAGCUGAUGGAGGCGCUGCAACCUGUGGACAAUCUCCGAAGGACCUUACCGAUUAUAGACGACUGGUCCUCGUCAUCGUCCACCGUGUCCACCGUGGAUUCUGGCCCGAACGACACCGUGAGGCUUUGCCUCUACGGUGAGAUGGAAUCGGCACGUUUGAACUUCCAACCGGACACGAUCUACUUCGGAGAGCUUCGCGUCGGCGAGGACUCGCGGCGCGUCCUCCGUAUAUCGAAUCCGUUGAAGUUCGUGCCGUUACUCUGCACUUACGUGCGCAACGCGUCGACCAGUUGCUGUCCAGAGACAAUGACCUUGAGACCAGAGGGAUCCGUGGAAGUACUGUUGAAAGUUCGAGGAAAAGAAAAUGUUGAUCCGUCGUUCGAGAUUUACUUUGAUGCGGCGGCAAGUUCGUGCGAGUCGACAAUAACUAGACGUCGAACGAUGAUAAAGGUAGGAAGGUACGCCGUGCAAUGCAGGGUGAAUGUGAAAUUGGUGACAAGUAUAAAGGGAACGUGUUUGUCACGAGGACGAAGUACUUUUGAUGCUUGGAAAACACCGUCUCCACAACUUUUCCCAAUAAAACCGAGAACGGUCGAAUCAAAGAAAAAGAUGGUUGUAAUAAAAUGCAAAGACGACGAAGAGGAAAUUCUGCAAAGAGUUACUCAUAUUCCUAAGUGGAAAUACAAAAAUGUAUCAGAAACGGUGAAAUGCGCCACGACUUUAGACAAAAAGAUAUCAGCUUUAACGACAAGCACCUCGGUGUUAAUACCCCUCUCUCCUUUGCAAAUAUAUAACAUACGAAUGUAUCCCAUUCUGUUUGCCUUUGGAAUGGUUGUUCCAAGAAGCCGCAACUACAAACAGCUGGUCGUGGAAAAUCUGAACGAUUUUCCAAUCAUGAUCCGCCUGACGAGCUUAUCCGCCAGACGCAUACACUUCCCAGAGGGGAAUUUGAUCAUUUUACCACCAGGUUUACACGCCACGCGAUUAGUCGAAUUUCGAGCGCAUCAUGUUGGCAAAUUCAACGGCUACAUCGAUUACAUUAUCAACGAUAAUCAUUCGUUCGAGCUUGCUGUCACCGCUAACAUCGUUGAGAAACAAUUAUCGUUGGAUACUCGCGAGAUAGUACUCGGCCGAGAUUUGUUCAACGAAGAGAUCUAUCAACCGAUGGACUACGUUGUUCAAGUCAGGAAUAAAUUGGACGCGAGAACAAACUUUCGAUGGGAAGUACCUAGUACGUGUUGCUUCUUCGUCGAGCCAAUGUCAGGCGUAGUUCGUGGGAAGGCUUCGUUGUUCACUUACAUAUACUACAAGCCGGACUUUACAAGAUCCAGCUCUACAGAAUUGAUAAUGAAGUGCGAGAAUAAUAGUUACAGCAACUUGCGUGUAAGUUUGCUACCGCAGACACCGAAGGUCAAUUUUAUCAAGAAUCUCAUAAACGUGGGUGAAAUUCCAUUGAAUCUGCCAACGAAAACAGUCGCUUUCUUGAGAAAUUUCGAACACAUUGAAAUCGAAUUCGAGGUCGAUGCUUCGUCGUUGAUUCAUGGAUGCAACGUUCAGCCACUUCACGGGGUAUUGGCACCUCGUGGAAUUGUUGUUCUUGAGAUCCAUUUGACGUUCAGCCUGUGUUUCCAAUUCACCGUGGCGAUUCGCGUGACUGUGCAGAAACGUUUGAACGUUCAGCUGAAACUGACAGGGAACGUAGCAUUCCCGCAGUUGAAACUGCACCCGAGUUCCAUUAAUUUACGACGAUUGAGCGCCUCUGCGUAUAAACAUUGCCUGAUCACCGCGUCGAACGUCGGGUCGACGAUGUUGAAGCUGAGAUUUCAAUUAAAGGAGUACCCGGAAUUUCGCGUUUCGUUGUCCUCGCGGAGACAAGACCCUGGAAUAGGUAACGAGGACAUUUCAAUCGCUCCAAACACCAGUCAAGACUUUUAUCUUCACAUCGAGCCAGUCGACCUGGCUACCUACGCGUUUUACCUUCCGAUCGUCGUCAACGACAUACUUGGCCCGGCGUUAAUUACAAGCCACAAAUCCCUCAAGCCUCUGGAAUACUUGAAGCAAUUCAAAAGCCACUAUGCUGACGUACCUAAUCUCAUUAUGCGCAAGUUACCAUCUGCUAUCGUGACGAUGCCGAUCGACUGCACGGUCACUGGACAUCUGUUGUUCUUUAACAAGUUCGAAUUUCGUUUCAACUUUCUAACGAACAACCAGUCGGACCAAUUCUGUAUAGAGAAUCGCGAAUCGUUAGAGGAGAGGUUCGUUCGAAUCGAUACCAGCAGUUUUUCCACUGCUUCCUGUCCAUUUUCUAUCCAGUGGUUAGACGGCCGAGAACCAAUUGUGACAUCGGAUCACGUUCAAUGCGCAUUGCGAAAGGGAGAACGAUGCAGAUUUCUGCUAACGUUUCGACCAAAGUUCCAAGGAAAUUUCAUCGUCGAAGCACCGAUCUUUAUCCGCGACGAGUCGAACGGCGAGAUGUUUAACAAACUGUGCCUAAUUGGCGAACGUCCCGCGAGCACGAUUGAAGCUGAGUUUUCCGAGAUAUUUUUCACACCCGUGCCUCUAAAUACCUCGCUCGAGAAGAAGUUUCGACUGUACGUCAGGCAUUUUGAGAACGAUGCUGUUAUUUCGGCGAAGACUCUAUCGCCUGAAUAUUGUAGUGGAAAGUUCACGACGGAUAACGUUCUCCUUGUUCAUUUUGUUGAUACAAAUGUUGUGCAUGCUUCUGAAUACACGGAACUGGAGGUGAGAGUGGCUUUUAAAAGCGGGGCGCCUGUCUCGCUUCGCGUGAUCGUUGAAUUUUCCGACGACAAUGGAAUUGCUGUUUCCCCCGUGGCGAUUCACGCCACUUCUGAAAAUUGUUUAUUGACCACGCACGCGUACGUGAGGAACUCGAUGAUCGAUCUUAAACAGUCAAGCAUCGAUAGGAGAACACCUCGGGUUUCCAGAACGUCUGAAAUUUUCACCGACGACGAAGAUUAUAAUGUAGAUAUUCUGAAACCGGAUCUAUCGAAAAUAGGUGUUCUAACUUAUUUCGGCCGAAAGAGUCAGAUCUCGGACGAGAAAUUAAUCGAGGAUAGAUUUAAAUUCUACGAGUCCCUCGACGAGAGGGCCAACGUCGACAAACCAGAGCGAGAGACGAAGAAGUAUCUGCCGGACAUUUCGAAACGAGAUUCGAAAGUACCCGCCACGGUGUCUAAGACGAAAUACGAAGACGCUCAAGAAUCGUUGCGGUAUCCAUUUUUUCCUUUCAACAUCGACGACGAUGAAUUCGAGAUUUAUAUAAAUCAAACGCUGAAAGCCGCCGAAGAAUGGAUGCACAGCGAAGCUUUUAAAUUCAAUUUCUACGCUGACGUUACGUGUAUCAAAAUGGUACUGUCUAAGUAUUACUCGAAGAAGCCAGCACAGUUCAAAACCACGACGCGAAAAGGGCCCGAAUUAGGGUUCGUCGGCGUGCUCGAAUCGUUGAUAGGGCCAACAAUUUAUGAACAUAUUGGACAAUUCAAAGAACUGCCAGAAAAAGACAUCGACAGAGUAAAUUACAUAUGCAAUCUUUACGACAGUAUUCUUCAAUUUUUGACAAAACACGGAGCUCACUUGUGCCACGUUCAACCACAAUUUUUGCUGGACUACGAAGAAUAUAUUGUUUUCUUGGAAACGAUAUAUUCACGCUCUAAACCCUAUACAUAUAUACGAAAAUCCGGAAUAGAAUUGUCAGUGCAAGAAAAAAUGUCGCCUCUGAAGUUUGAACAUCGGAGCAAACAGUGUUGGCUAGAUGUGAUCUUGCAAACGUAUAAAUGUUUCAUACUGCCAUGUGUUUCCGAGAUCAAAGACAAGGAAGACCCUUCUCCUAUGUUCUCAUCGCAAUCAUCCAGACGAUCUACGAUCCAGCGAGCAUCCGUAAUAUUUUUUCCAUCGAGUUUCCGCAAGCAAUACGAAGCUCACAACGUGAUUGUUGACAACAUUAACAUAGAAAUUUCGUCCAAACCACCUGACGACAACUACUCUUUCGACGAGUUGUUCCUGUUGGAAUGGUUGCACCACCAUUACGAAAAAGAACGGAAACAGGAAUGGAUGAUCGACCGUCGCGUAAUACUGAAUCCGAACGAGAGCAGAGACGUGGCAGAGGCACGUAAAAUCGAGAAUUUCGACCGAGAUUUGUCGGAUUCCCUCGUGUUAAUUGCUGUCACAGCUGCUUACUGUCCCUUCCUCAUUGACGAAUACUUGAGCAAGCUUUACAUUCGUCCGCGGAGUUAUGAGGAGGCGCUGCACAAUGCUGUAUGCGUGACAAACGCGUGGAGAAAGAUACGACUUGGCUUUGUCAUUUCACCAUUGGAGAUCGUAUAUCCAAACUGCGUUAAAAUGUUGAUGCUGGUUGGAUAUUUGUUCGACAUACUGCCGACUUACACUCCCAAAGGUAAGAUCAAAUUUAACUGUCCCCUGUCCGAGACUGUGACCAGGCAAUUAAAUUUCACAAAUCCCACCGUGCACAAUGUCGGUUUCUUGAUACUGUUUUUUGGAAACAAUAACGGAUUCUUUGCAUUACCUUCGUCACAGAUGAUCAUCAAUCUCAGUGGCCGUGAAAAUUCCACAAUAAAGAUACAAUUCCACGCUAGGAAAAUAAAGAAAACUAAAGCUUAUUUGCUGUUUUGCGGGUCGACAAUUGGCCCCCAUUUUGGCAGGAAUCAAACGUUCAUUUUGGAAGGGCAAGCUGACUGUUUAGAAAUUGCAAACGAAUACACAAUAUGUAGUAAGCUGUACAAAGCAGUCGAUAAAACUCUCACUAUCAAUGUGCCGUAUAAAGAUUCAACAGAAUAUGAAAUUUGGGUAUCGGACGAACGGCCAAGUAAACCGAGUAUUUUGAAACAGACACGAUGGUGCGAGUUAUGUUUAAGAAAGAUACCUCGCAGAUUAUUUUUAAAUCAAAAUUCAAUUAUAGUCAAAGGAAGUACCAAAGUAGCUCAUCUGUCAGUCACGGUGGCUUGUCUCUCUCCUAGUCAUCGAAGCUUCUGGAUCAUUUUCCAAUCAAAGAUAGGCGAUUUUAUUAUUCAAAUAAACUCUCAAUGGCAGUCGUCGUUAACCGAUAAUAUCGUGGUCAAUUGGGACGAACAGAUUGAAAAAUGUGUUUGCACGGAACAGGACUACAAUGAAAUAUGUCCAUUGAGCUUAACCGUGCCGAUACCAUCGAAGAACAAACAACUUUGGAGAUGCGUGGCUCAUAUGUUUCAGAAAACUCUCGACCCAAAAGAACGACUUUUCUGGUCUCGAUAUUUAGAUACGCCUAUUGGAUUACGUUUAAUUCGUUGGCUAAUGGGAGACAAUGCGGACUCCGCUGUUGCAGAGUUUUGCCAUAUAUUUGACGCGACAGUGACUUAUAACGUGACGAUAUCCGAAAUGCCUCAUAUUCUCCGAUUUCCCAAGACAUUUACUAUAAACGAUGUGAGAUCUGCUGAGAAUGUUCCAAUGAAGAUACACGUUUCGCCAUUCGUAGAUCGACUGUGCGAAAUAAUACUGACAUUAGUCUCUGCCAAUGGGACUGAACAGAGAGUGUACAAAGUCUGCUUUUUACGUGAACGUGAGUGACAUAUUCAUCAUUAACAUACGUUUCUAAAAGAAUAAAAUCUGAGUAGAAAUUUGCUCAGUAUUAUAAAUUGUUUUGUUUAGUGUCUUACAUCAUUCUUUAUUCUCAGCUAUACAUUAUUUCGCUAUAUACGCAUGAUUGUCUCCUGCAUGAUUUCAAUUUGAAGUUGAAAUGUUCUUAAAUUUGUUAGAGAAGAGGUCAAUAAAAUAAUCUUAUAUUGAAGGUCUAAUAAAGUUGUGUUACUAUCGUUCGUUGAGCAGACAAUUGAAAAGAUAUUUGUCUCACGAUUAAAUUGUUAAGUCAAAGAAGCAAGAUUAUGGGGCACUAAGAUCUCCCCCUCCUAGUGUAUUACUGCUCUAAAAGUUUUAGAUCAUUCGAUAAGAUCUGGAUUUUUCUUAUAAAAUUAUAGGAAAAACACUGGGUAAAUAUAGAGAGCUCAAUUUGUUUUUGUAAUUCGAGAACGAGUAACUCGUCUUGGUUUUCUAUACUUUUACAACAAAAAGAAAUGCAAAUAAUGUAAUUAUUACUUAAAUUUAACAAAAAGUGUAACAACAUUUAUCUAUUUAUACUUGCUGUAUACACACUGUAAUUAGACAGAUUGAUUACUACACUUUUCUAUAACAUGAAAUAUCUUCAACUAAACUAAAAAUAAGUUGCUGAGUAAAUUAUAUAAACUUAAAUUGUGUAAAUAUUCGUUCAUCGCAAUAUUUGCUCUUUGUACUAAGUUUUUUCAUAUCAUGAUUAUCACUAAUAUUUUCAUUUGAACUUUUUGAACUUAAGAUAUACGAUGAUAUUCCUUUAGCCUUUUACAGCGUUUUGGACUUUAAUUUAUCUUGUCGAAGCUCGUGCUUCUUGGUGAUUAAAGCAACCAGUUUU